AUGGCGAAUAAAGACCAGGCCAAGGCCAUUAUCGAACAAAUAGCCGAAGAGCGUGGCUACCUUGAUGAAGCUUUCAUGGCGACUUUGGACCCUGACAAGCGGCCAAGGAUCGAACGUGCACUUUACCACUCAGCCCGGCUUGCCUCGGUCUCCAUUACGGCCCUCGCCAAAAAUCUGUACAGCAGCGAUGCUCGUUUCGUAUUCGAGCUGCUCCAAAACGCAGAUGAUAACAAGUUUACGCGAGCCACUGCGCGUGGUGAGGCGCCGUUCGUCUCCUUUCAUUGUCGAGACGACCGGGUCGUGAUAGAAUGCAACGAGGAUGGAUUUACCAAGAAAGACAUCAAUGCCAUCAGUUCGGUGGGAGAAAGUUCCAAAUCGGGCCUCCACGGAUACAUCGGUGCCAAGGGUAUUGGCUUCAAGUCAGUGUUCAUCGCCGCCUGGAAAGUUCACAUUCAAUCCGGUCACUAUUCCUUCUUUUUUGAGCACAUGCCGGAAAGUAAGGCCUUGGGAAUGAUCACUCCUAUCUGGGCCGAGCCAGAGGAAAAUCUUGCAGACUCUGUGACUCGUAUCACACUUUAUCUACACAAGGAUGGCGAUGCCGGAAAGCUCAAACGCCUUCGUAACACCAUUGAUAAGCAGCUCUCGUCACUCCAGCAAACGUGCUUACUGUUCCUUCAGAAGCUCAAGCGCAUUGAAAUUACAUUCUAUGAUCAGGAUGGCGUGGUGACGAAUUACAAUGUUCUGCGAGUCAGCGAUGUUACAGACCAUGGCAUCAGUCUCGAAACGGCUCACGGACCUUCACUUGGACCGAAAGUUUCUCAGACACAGCGUUAUCAUGUCACCAAGUACCUCGCGCGAGAUGUAGCUAGGAGCGAGAACCGAGAGACUACACUUGAACAAGCCUCCGCAGAGACCGAGGUCAUUUUAGCCUUCCCGUUGUCGGCCAAAAACGAACCAUUGGUUGAUGAUAAUGGCUCAAGGAAGGACCUCUUCGCAUUCCUUCCGAUACGAGAAUCUGAUUUUGACUUCAUCGUGCAUGCAGACUUCGACACCACUGCCAACCGACAAGACAUCAAUGAGGACUCUCUCAGAAACAUCGGCCUGCGUAACGAAAUCGCCGCCGCCUUCUUACAGGCUGCCUACGAAUUCUGCGAGGAUGAUGACCUUCGUUGUACCUGGCCCUUAUUUCUUCCGUCACGCAAGCGUUGUUCUAAAUUCUGGUUACCAAUGCUCCAAAAAAUCGAGGAUCUAAUGGAGAACGCAAAACUUAUCAGAUCGCGACUCAUGAACGAAUUCAAAAGUAUCAAAGAUGUCAUGAUUCUCGAUGAUCAGUUCCGUGAUGACCGAGGCGAGCCUCUCCUGGGCCGGCAGGAUUCGUUCAUCUCGGACUCAUAUGGAAAGGCACAUUUGACUCGAUUGAAAUUGUAUGGACUUCAAAAAAUGAAUGAACAAAGGUUCAUGGCAUUACUUCGCGAAGAUCUUUCUUCGAUAUUCUCUAAAAUGCAGGGCUACUUGACCUCGGCGUCCUGGCACUCAAAGGUCGCCAGAUUACUUGAGGAUAUGUAUACCGGGCUCAAAUACACAGAACUUGAAAGAAUGGAUCUUCUCCCGCUUACGAGUGGAACAUUUGUGGCUAUGAGUCAAGGCCCAGUCUACUUGCCGACCACGCGAGGCAUCUCAAUCCCAUCCCAUCUCGGCCUUUCAACAUUGGAUCCAAAUGCGGUGCGCAACGAAGACAGGCUUUCCUUCUUCUCUGCCCUUAUGGGGCGGAGCUCCAUGGAAGCGCCCAUCUCGGAAGUGAAGACACUGAUCCUCAAGCGUUAUCGCUCGCAAACAGGAAACGUAACAUUGACUGAAUCCAAAGUCGAUCUCCACUACCUUUAUCUGGUACACCCACUGAUUGAUUCACCGGACCGGCAGCUAGCGAAUAUCAAGAUGUAUGAAAGAUCCAUGCGCUACGUAGCGCCCACGGCCGAGGAUGUUUACUAUCCGAACGACCAUCCGUACGGGCCUGAGAUGCUGCUCGAGUGCCCGGACGGCUGUAUGAAGUUUUCAAUAUCACUUUUACUCGGUCUACUGGAAAAUCUGUGGAAACAUGAGGGAGAUUUCAUAAAAGCAAAUCCACCCCUCAAAGCCGCUCUCGUCGAUACAGCGGCGCCCGUACUUGAUCAUUGCGCUGGGUUUAGUGGCAAGAAGCUGUCGAACGUUUAUCUGCCGGUUCCGAAGCUGUGCGAGCUGAGCGCAAAGUACUUGGAGCCCGAAGAGGACUUUGUGUUUCUUCAAAUUCCAGAUGCGCGAAUCGGGCACAGAUUAGAUCCGAAGUGGUCUUUUCUGCACGAGGAACUUGGAGUGAAGGCUGAGGAUGACUGGAACUUCUACAGGCUUUUGCUGCUAUCGUUAACUAAUCUAAAUUCCAAUCCCGAAAGAAUGACGCGGAUCCAGCGUGUCUUUGAUCUCUACGCCGCUAUUUACGCCAAAGUUAUUCAAAAUGGUCCACACCCACCGUUUCUGUCCAAACUUCAAGAGACUGCAUGCAUUCUCGUACUCGAUGAAGACGGGCAGCCUCGGGAAUGGGCACGCUCAGGACUGUGUGUAUGGGACGGGCCACAGGAAAUGGACUCAAAACGCCCGUUACGCAGAGGAUACGAGGCUUUCCUUCGCGGCGACCAAUUCGAUCAUGUUUUCAACUUCUUUUCAAAAUCGCUGAAAAUUGGCGACGCCGACUGCGCAACCAUACUAAUCGAACUUCAAAGUCUCAAAAGAGAGGGAACAUCCUUGCCUGUUUCUGAAGUGUUUUGCAUCUACGACUACCUCAUGGAUCAAGCAUUUGAGGAGCACGGCCUCAUUUAUGCGGGCAACUCAAAGUGGCACAAAACCUCUGAAUGUCUGUGGUCGAGAACUACAGAGCUCCAGCAUAAGGUGAAUCUCAACAAACACUAUGAAGAUCUCGAGGACUUCUUUGUCGAAGUCGUGGAUGUCCGAACCUUGACAACACAGAUGGCAGUUGACGAACUUUGCGCCACGAAUUCUGAAUCAACCAUUGACCAAGUGAAAAACGCCAUCUGGACGCUCAAUUCCCUUGCUCAGGUAAAUGAGACCCCAAUUGACUAUUCAGUGUUACACGACAAAGCGAUUUUUGUUGUUGUCGAACCCGAUGGGCAAAAGUCGUUGAAGUCACUCGCGACUGCAUUUAGUAUUGCAGAUCGCGAGCAUCUUUCAAAUAAGUUCUUCGGGAAAAUAAAACUUCUGGACUACAGUGUGGACGAAAUAAGAAGAUUGGAUACUUUUCUCACUUGUCUUGGCCUACGGGGCCGGUUCUUGUCGGCGACUGUGAAGGUAUUCACGACAAUGACCGGCAACACCCAUCGCGAAAUCUCAAGUCCAGAGCGUGCCUUGACUUUCAAGGCUCACGCUAUCUUACGUCAUGCGGGCACUUUCCAGAGUCCUAGAUAUUCCCAAGAUAUGAGUGCACUUUACCAAACACUACAGACCGCUCGAAUUUUAGCAACGGACGGUCUCCGCUCCGAGCUAAGAAUCUCACAAGACGGUCCCGUCGUUGUGGCGGAGGCCACAUCAGGUGACAUCCAUAUCGUGGAAGAGGGCUUGAAGCUCAUCGUUUAUGUCCCGUUGGACCGCAAACAACAAGCCUUAUGCUUCGCAGAUGUCUUUCCUGUUGCAUUGGAGGACUGGCUUAUGCGCGAUCCUAUGACAAAUAUCCGCGAGGACGUGAGCCUUGAAAGUGUAUCAGCACUAGCAGCGAUCCUAGCAGUCAGCCCUUUUGUGGUCGGUGACAUCUUGGACCGUCGGGGCAUUGUAAAUGUGCCCAUUGAAAACUCGGAUCCCGAUCCGCCCGAAGAUCUAUAUUCCCGGGAGACUGAAUCUGGAGAAGAAGGCGACUACCUGACUGCAGAUACUCACGCGAGCACAGAGCGCGCCGAAAGCGAGUUGACACCCGACAACACGACGAAUCCGGUUUUCUCGGGGGCGAUACUCACAGAGAGCGCCGAGAGUGAUUUGAUACCUGGCGAUGCGACAAAUUCGGUCUUCUCGGAGACAUUCCGCGGAGAGGAAACUGUACGACAAUAUUCAUUCGACGCACGACGUUCUUCACAACGUCCCAUGCAAGGUCCAGUCACGACCACCAUUCAUGACGCAAACACACGCGAGGAUAGAUUGUACCGCGCAAUCCUUGAACGAGUGGUGACAUCGGCAAGAGUGGCGGGAUUCCCAUCGAAAGGAGCUUUCAGCAUGUCUGCUCUUCUUGCUUCCCUCCCCGGACUUGAAGACAUCAAUACAGCAACAACCUCUCAUAGCACUGAGACCUAUGAGAGAUUUCGGUCAUCGAGUCAACUGGAGCGUGAUUUCAAAAUCGGUGCAGCUGGCGAGCUCUAUGUCUUCGAGCUACUUGAGCGCCUUAAUCUGUCAUGCUGGAGUCAGGGCCGGAACAAUUGGCAGAGCAAGAUCAGAGGGCGUGUGCGCCUUCAUCCCGAUUACGCUGACAUUGAGGACUGGCCUGGCGGGAGAGAGACUGCCGACAUCGUCUAUUCUGACGCCAGGGGGGAUUUCACAAAUCUGCUUAUUGAUUCUGGCUACCUCGAGCGGCAACGGUGGAGCGGAGCUACGCCUGAGUACUUCAUCGAGGUCAAGACCACAACAAGCGAUUGCCAAACGCCGUUCUACAUGAGCAAGUUUCAGUAUAAAAGGAUGAAAGAUAUCCACGAUUCGGACCAGACCAGAAAAGUUUACCUCGUUUGUCGUGUUUUUGGACUAGCGAUGGAUCACAUCGGCAUGACAGUAUACCUUGAUCCCGAGCAGAUGAGGCUCGAUGGGUCCCUCAUCUUCACCGGUGAGACCUGGUCUGUUGUCCCUGGUGUGUGA